AUGUCGUUGUUCAAGACAAAUGAAUGGUGGAGAACGCAAUGCGGAGUGAAUGAAUCUUUCGAUAAACACAGCUUGCUGAUCACGCCAUUGUUCGGCGCUGACCGAAAGGACAUCAUUGUCAUUGGCAGCCACAGCGGCUACCUCCGAAUAUAUAGCCCGUUCUCGCAAUGGAUAGAAGAGACCAAGUCGCCUAGCGGUUACAAGUCCUCGGACUUGAUCGUUGAGACACAAAUCAGCGACUGUAUCGUCGAUAUGAAGGCGGGCAAAUUCGUCUCAGGCUCAUCAGAUACUCGACUCGCGAUACUGACACCAAAAAAACUUGUCAUUUACAGCAUAAUUUUGAGUCAAGGUUCCGUUGAGCACGGGAACCAUUGCGACCUGGAAAUUGCUUACGAGCAUUUACUACCGCGAUUUCCGGCGUCCUUGACGACGGGACCGUUUGGUGGCGUGCGGGGUAGAGACUUCCUUUGCAUUCAGUGCCUGGAUGGCACGCUUCUCUUUUACGAGCAAGAGACUCCCACCUUCAGUCUGGUUCUCAGGAAUCGGUUGCUGCCAGAGCCGAUCGUCUACGUUUCGCGGAACGACAUCUUCGUAACGCCAAGCUCCUCAUGGAUCCUCGAAUGCUACAGGUAUAAGAGUAUGGCGGAAUUUGGCAGUAAGGAUCGCUCGGAAGAAUCAAAGAACUUAGAACCGGACUGGACUUACAAUAUCGGGGAAGCCGUUCUCGACAUCGAUGCCGUUAUUUUGAGCAGCUUCGAAGUCGGGAUUCUCAUACUCGGCGAGAAAAGUCUGUAUUGUUUGAAAGACAAUUGCGUCACUCUGAAAUACUCGAAAAGGCUCGAGUACAAGGCACUCUGUUUUCAACCUUUCGUGAUAGAACCGGAUGGCAAGUUGAUGGUGCUUGUAAUCGCUGACACGAACACCCUGAUGAUUUAUGAGGGCACGACUCUUAGAUGGUCAGCUCAGUUACCUUUUACUCCGGUUGCUGUAACUCGAGCGCAUUUUCAGCACUUAGAUGGAGUGAUCGUCAUUCUUUCCGAAGAGGGCCAGCUGGAGGCUUGUUACUUAGGCUCGGAACCGUCGUUAUUUAUCGCGCCUCCUCUGCAUCGACGCGGUUACGAUUACGUGGCCGCCGAAGAUGAGCUCAUAGAGCUGCGCAAAUUAGCGAAGAAAAAUAAGGCUUCCGGCAAUCAACUCAGUGAUGUCACCAUGGACGCUGAGCUGAUAAUAUCCGUGACCGUAUCUGCGGAUCUGGAACCCUGUCCACGCGGAAACCAGGACGACAGUAAGGACGACUCGGAGGAUCGUAAUUUAAUGUGCAGGAUCACCAUAGAAUUGUCCACGUACAUGACGCUUCGCGAUGUUCAAGUAUGCGUGGACGUCUCGAAGCCAUUCGUCGCCGACAAGGAUCGCCACGUUAUUACCAACCUUUGUGACAGGCACGUUCUGCGCGCAAUGAUUUACCCAACGAUGGAUUUACCGGCGAUAUCAUCGGACGUGAGAAUCACGGCGAGCUACGAGACUGCGGAUCAUGGGAGCCUACGCGUACUUCAGAAGACGACCCAAUUACCCCUGAAAAUGAUGCUGAGGGCCUGCCCACCCGAGAACACAUCCACCUUCACGGCGACCAUCAAAUGCAGCGAGUCCCUUGUGGCUUUUAGCCAACUGUUUCCCGAGUUUACAGGAGAAGUACAGAGGAAAAAUUGGAACGUACUUGGCUUGCAGCACUUGCAAACUGGCAGUGUGGUGACAAUCGUUUCCGGCGCUACCAGCAAUCGAUAUCGAGUGCAAUCAAAUGACGGACUUUCGAUGGCCUUGGUGGUACAGCAGCUGAUGAAUAGGCUCAAAGACAAGGCCACCGGAAACUUUACGACCGCCAUCGCGCAAAAUCACAUACAGCUAAUACAGUCUCAGAUGGAGGCACAUUAUCAUAGUCGUCAGAAGGUGGACAAAAUCGCGAGUGAGAUCAAGCUACUGUCGACCCAGUUGAGAAACAUCGAGAGGAGGAUGCUGCGUGCCGUGAGAGAGCGAAAUACUCGGUCUCUGGGCACGACCGGACUGCCGUUCCUCUUGGAGUCGACCUAUCGUGCGAUCUUCGCGCUUCUGGACGAUCUCGCGAUCGCACGAGUGGAACGGGAACGCGCCGGCCACGGUCUGCGGUGCGUCGUGAGGUUACUGCUCCUGUUGUUGAGGCUCAAUGUAAACGACGAUAAGUACGCGAUGCUCGAAGCCGCGAUCGGAUUCGAUCCGCAGCUGUGCGACGAACUCGACUGGGAAGAAAUCGCUGAUGUCAGCCUGAGCGCUUUUCUACGAUCCACUUCGAGAAAAUCCACGAGUCAUCUGGAUACGAAGCCCACGACGUUAACUAAAAUGACGUCCACCAAAGAAUUCAGCAAGUUGAAGAAACAUUUGGUACACGCGAUUGAACGUCUUGAUAGCUGCCGAGAAGCUGACAUAGUCGAGAACGAACAGUUGGAAGCUGCAGGCGAUCAUGCUUCUUCUUAA